CAACCCUGGUUCUUCGGGCAGCUGGAGGGGUCGCGCUGUGCUAGUGUGGCUGCACCUCGGAACAGAGCCGUCGACGCAUCUGCAGCCAUGUCGGGCCGCUCGGUGCCCCAUGCCCACCCGGCCACUGCCGAGUAUGAAUUUGCCAACCCGAGCCGCCUGGGUGAGCAGCGCUUCGGAGAAGGCCUCCUGCCAGAAGAGAUCCUGACCCCCACCCUCUACCAUGGCUACUAUGUGCGGCCACGGGCCACCCAAGCUGGGGAGGGCAGCAGGGCAGGGGCCUCGGAGCUUAGGCUCAGUGAGGGCAAGUUCCAGGCAUUUCUGGAUGUGAGCCAUUUUACCCCAGAUGAGGUGACCGUGAGGACUGUGGACAACCUGCUGGAGGUGUCUGCCAGGCACCCCCAGCGCCUGGACCGCCAUGGCUUUGUAUCCCGAGAGUUCUGCCGCACCUAUGUCCUGCCUGCUGAUGUCGACCCCUGGCGAGUCCGCGCUGCUCUCUCCCAUGAUGGCAUCCUUAACCUGGAGGCUCCUAGGGGUGGGCGACAUUUGGACACAGAGAUCAAUGAGGUCUACAUCUCCCUGCUCCCUGCGCCUCCUGAUCCAGAUGAAGAGGAGGAGGCAGCCAGAGUUGAGCCCUGAUUGCCACAGACCCAGCACCCAGCAGAUUCCUAGGUGUGAUGCAAGCAGCUGCCCACCACCUGAGAGGUAGCAGCAUCAUUAGGGGAAUGGAAGAGUGCAUGAUCCAUGUGUAUUGUUUGGUCCCUUGGGACGUGUCCUACCCUUUGGCUUAGUUCUGGGUAGAGCUAAAUAAACCCAAAUCUCAGGGC